GUCAAAGGAAGGGCAUAAAAUAUUCAGUGAAAUGUCGAACGGAGACGAUAAAAGUAUUCAAAUGUUGUCAAUGCCUGCCCUUGGGCGACAUUUCGAUUUGGGUACCGUUUAUGAUGCAGUCAGAGAUGCAAUUAUUCCCGGCUUUCCUACUUUCUGGAAUGGAAGUGAUCUAAAAAACGUCCAAUCCACCGUGAUUAACCACACAGAUUUUUCGAUUAUUGCUUCAGAUAAACUCACCGACAAGUUCCAAGAACUAAAAGUCAGUGGGUCACUACAAGUCAGCAUUUUGUGUGGCCAGAUUGAACUCGGCGGAUCGGCAAAUUAUCUCAGCCAAAAGAAAAGCACAAGUCGUGAAUCGAGCGUUCACUUGACACUUAAGCGUCGCACCGCAGUCAAGAAAUUACUAGAGAACAACAUGCCUUCCCGUGACAUUCAAAGAAGCGGUAGAAUCGGCUCCGCAACUCACAUCGUUACACAAAUCCAGUACGGUGCUGAAGCCACGUUCAUGUUCACAAAAAAACUAAGCGAAACAGAAAACGAGAAAGAUGUCAACGGACAGCUGAAAUUGGGUGCCGAAAAAUUUACCAAAUUUCUUAAAGGGAACGCAAAUGUUGGAGGUAAAUGGGCAGACACCAAUCAAGAAAACGAGGAUAACAUCGAGUGUCAUUUUCAAGGCGAUUUCGAACUGCCCAGCAACGUGGAUCGUCCAACAACGUACAAUGAAGCCAUCGAUUUCGCCCAAAAGUUCUUAAAAUUCUCAUCCGAUUGGAUGGCCAAAGAUGAUGCAGAUAUAACCAAGUCACUUGGUGUGCCCAUUACAGUUUGUCUCCAUCCGUUGGUGUUGAUGAAAGAUGCCCAAGGAGCUCCGGCACUUCGAUACGAAAUUAGCGAUACGUUGGCGUCUCAAUGCGUCCUGAUUAUGCAAAAUUACGGUGAAGUAGAAGAUGAACUUCGUUUUAUGCUUGAAGACCAGCUAGUAAAAAUGUUGAGUCCACUACAAAAGAAGCUCCAAUUGUUCCAGGAACACACAAGUUCUUUCCUGGCUGAACUGAAAUUAAAAUUGGGAGAAAUGGUCGUCGGCAUUCGCAGCGGCAAAAUCAAAGUAGAAGAUUUCAGUCAGCUGAUGAGUCGAAUCAGCAAUGAACAAUUCACGUUCAAUUCCAAUCGCCUCAAUCAAUGGCUGGAUCAAAAACACAAGGAACUUUGUAUCAUCCGAAGAUUUCAAGAUGAAGCUAAAAAUAAAUUAGGAAAUCAGAGCAAAGUUCAUUUCUUCCCUUCUGCGAGAACACUACAACAACAAAUGACCAAAUUCCCAGUUGAUUUUGGUUACGAAAUUUCAUUCUCCUCCUUGGCUCGCUCAGAACCUUUUUUGGAUCUACUCAAUCAGACGCUCGGGACGAAUUUUUUGAAUGAAAUUUCAUUACGGAAGAAUACUAUAAAUUUAGAUCUUUGGGAUCUUUGGUAUGAAAAUAAUUCUGUCAUUGAACGGAUUCAGAAGGAAAUCGCCAUCUUUGCCGAAGUAGUCAACGCCAAAUUUUACGACGAGAUAUUCGCUUUUGCCAUGACGGCACCCGAUGAAUACCACGAAACUUGCGCAAAUGAAUUUUCGAUCAUCGUUCACAACAAACAGAAAAGGAUUUUGGGGUGUGAUGCAGUUUUGAAUGUUUGUCAACAUUAUCCAAAGGAAAGAAUUUUAGACGUUUUCCAGUUAGUAGUUGGCCACUUUGAAAAUGACAAAAUCGUCGACGUCAUACCUUUCAGCCUUUCAGUUGAAGAGGAAAUCCCCGAAGGAUGGAAUCCAUUUCCUCUCCUUGCCUUAUGUCUAUAUUACAAGAAGGAAAAUUUGAUUGACAUUGUCCGAUUGUUAAUUGAGAAGAAUAUCGAAGUCAACUGCAAAACCAACAACGGAUGGAAUGCUCUUCAUUUCGUGUGUCGACAUUACGACAAAGAAAAUUUGAUUGACAUUGUCCGAUUGUUAAUUCAGAAGAAUAUCGACGUCAACUGCAAAUCCAACGAAGGAUGGAAUGCCCUCCUUUUGGUGUGUCGAUAUUACGACAAAGAAAAUUUGAUUGACAUUGUCCGAUUGUUAAUUGAGAAGAAUAUCGAAGUCAACUGCAAAACCAACAACGGAUGGAAUGCUCUUCAUUUCGUGUGUCGACAUUACGACAAAGAAAAUUUGAUUGACAUUGUCCGAUUGUUAAUUCAGAAGAAUAUCGACGUCAACUGCAAAUCCAACGAAGGAUGGAAUGCCCUCCUUUUGGUGUGUCGAUAUUACGACAAAGAAAAUUUGAUUGACAUUGUCCGAUUGUUAAUUGAGAAGAAUAUCGAUGUCAAUUGCAAAAACAACGACGGAUGGAAUGCCCUCCAUUUCGUGUGUCGCUGUGUGCCUAAAAAACUUUUGGUUGACCUCGUUUCGAUAUUAGUUCGGCACAAAAUCGACAAAAAAGUAAAGACGACUGCAUUUGAAAUUGGGACUGCACGUUCCUUCCUUUUGGAGCGUUUUAAAGAAGAGGAGGUCAAAGAUGUUCUUCAAAUGUUGGAUUUAUAGGCGCAUUUGACCUGAACA